AUGCUCUUCCGCCGCGCCGUCGCUACAAUACGAUGCGGCCGCCUCUUCGCCACGCAAGCCGAGAUGAUACAACCGGCGCCCGCGCCGCCGGGCUACUCGUCGGCCGCGGCGGGCGCCGCCUGGACGCGGCAGGCGCCGCCGUUCGUGUGGCAUCCGGAGCUCAGCAUCCCCUGGCCGGUCACGCACCGCUUCGCCAUGUGGAAAUUUGAUGAUUUGCGACGAGAACUUAUUGACGCGGGACUGGUAACGAGCGAGACCGAGCUCUUCGCUCCCCGGGAUGAAGCCAACAGUAGUGUCCUAGAUGCGGCCAUCCGGAGGGCCCAUGAUGCGAGUUAUGUGGAGGCCAUCGAGGGCGAUUCCCUCGAGGUUUCGCUCUGGCGGCGGAUUGGCUUCGUGGCGCGGCCGGACCACGCGCUGCUGAUGAGACGUACAAGGUUAGAAAUAGCCGGCACGUUACGAGCUAGGGAUCUAGCUCUCAAGCACGGCCUCGCGUGCCAACUGGGCGGCGGGACGCACCACGCCCACAAAACGUACGGCUCCGGCUACACGAUCUACAACGACCUGGCCGUCACAGCACUCGACGAGUGCGCACGGAGUGCGACAGCGAGGGUGUUAAUUGUCGACCUCGACGUCCACCAGGGCGACGGCACGGCGCAGAUUUUGCAGGGUCAUGACCGCUGUUAUACGUGGUCGGUGCACUGUUCUGUGAAUUUCCCCUUCGGCUUCAGCGAGAAGCACGCGCCCCAUUUGGGGAAGGACCGGUCGUCGCUAGAUACGGCCCUGGAACGUGGGAGUGGGGAUGCGGAGAUGUUGGACGCUAUCUCUGUCAAUCUACCGGCGAUCCUGGACUCCUUUGAACCUACGUUAGUCCUGUAUGAUGCGGGCGCGGACGCGCAUGAAGUCGAUGGAUUGGGUCAUCUGGAGUUGACUGACGCGGGCAUGCUGGCGCGCGACACGGCGGUGCUACGCGAAUGUGCUUCUCGUUCAAUACCUGUGGCGACCGUCAUCGGCGGCGGCUACGAUCGGGAUCGACGUCGCCUGGCGCGGCGCCACGCUACGAUAUUCCACGCGGCGCGCGCGGUCUGGCGCCAGUUCUACAUGGCGCGGUAG